GCUUUGAUAACCAAUCACAUCCUUCGGCUCAUUCAGCCAGCCACUCACGGCAGCGCAUUGUUCACCACGUGAAGGGAAGACGCUACGAGCCCAUCUCCAAAUAUUUGUGAGAAGAAGUUUGUGAGGGCAGUUUAUCCACUGAACAAAACUGCAUCCAAAUUUCUCUCGACGAGACGAUUGAUUUAUCAAAAAUGUAAUCAAGAGCAAACAAUUGGCCGCUCGACCGAAUCGAUUAAUCAGAUUUAGAUAAGUUGUUGUCCUCGUAAAAAAAAAAGAAAUACCACGUGUUUUCGCCAGUUCAAUACGUUUGAUUAAAAAUGCGUUCUGAUUAUGUCAUAUCAGUUAUAGUGGCCUGUUGCGUUUGUUAAAGCUGCGCUCAGUUAUGCUUUUUAUGUCGCAGUUUUUUCUUUUUCCGACUCGUGAUUUCGAGGCCACAAUGUCAGCUGAGUUUAUGUUGUCUUAACGAGCCACGUUGUAGUGACCGCAGCUAUAUCAACGCUCUCUGCACGUGCUCUGUCAAUACUUUCGGAGCGCGUAUAGGUAAGCACGAGCACGAUUGCCCAGGCAACCACCAGGCACGAGACUGACUGUCAGCCGGGGUUAACCGAGGACAGAGACCCACGGCGGCGGCGGGAUGGAGUUUGAGGCGUCCGGUAUCGGAGAGGAGUGCGGUGUUUUCGGGUGUGUGGCUGCCGGAGAGUGGCCCACACAGCUGGAGGUGGCUCAGGUCUUAACUCUGGGACUUACGGCGUUACAACACAGGGGUCAGGAAAGUGCUGGGAUUGUCACAAGUAAUGGAGCCAGUCCACCCACGUACACAGCCCACAAGGGAAUGGGAUUAGUGAGCAGUGCUUUCCCACCUGAUGCUCUUCUGAAGCUGCGCUAUGGUAACCUCGGUAUUUGUCACACACGCUAUUCAACUACUGGGAUCUCAGAGCUGCAGAACUGCCAGCCCUUUGUGGUGGAUACACUGCAUGGCAAGAUUGCGGUAGCACACAAUGGAGAGCUGAUUAAUGCGCAUGCCCUGCGGAAAAAAGUAAUGCGCCAUGGUGUGGGCCUCUCCACCAGCUCAGACAGCGAGCUCAUCACCCAACUGCUGGCAUUGACUCCACCUAUGGAGGAGCGGGACGCACCAGACUGGGUUGCCAGGAUUAAAAAUCUGAUGACUGAGACCCCUACAUCGUACUCCCUGUUGGUGAUGUUCAAAGAUGUUAUCUAUGCGGUGCGUGACCCAUAUGGAAAUCGACCCCUCUGCAUCGGACGGAUCGUUCCUGUCUCCAAACUGCACAGUUCAGGUGCCGAAGAGGAGGACACUGAGGGGUGGGUUGUGUCGUCCGAGUCCUGCAGCUUCCAGUCCAUCGGUGCCAAGUAUUACAGAGAGGUCUUACCAGGAGAGAUAGUCCAGAUAUCCAAGCACGGGGUCAAGUCUCUGAGUGUCGUCCCUCGCCCUGAAGGAGACCUCCCUGCCUUCUGCAUAUUUGAAUAUGUGUACUUUGCCAGACCGGACUCCAUUUUUGAAGGUCAGAUGGUCUACACCGUCAGGCAGCGCUGUGGUCGGCAGUUAGCCAUCGAGGCUCCAACAGACGCAGACGUGGUCAGCACUGUGCCAGAGUCUGCAACUCCUGCUGCACUGGGCUACGCUCAGCAGUCUGGGCUGCCAUAUAUAGAGGUUCUGUGUAAGAACCGCUAUGUCGGAAGAACAUUUAUUCAACCAAAUACCCGGCUGAGGCAGCUAGGAGUUGCCAAGAAGUUUGGGGCUCUGACAGACAACUUUGCUGGGAAACGAGUGGUGCUGAUAGAUGACUCCAUCGUCCGAGGCAACACCAUCUCCCCCAUUAUAAAACUGCUGAAGGACGCCGGUGCAACUGAGGUCCACAUCAGGGUGGCCUCUCCACCGAUCAGACACCCUUGCUACAUGGGCAUCAAUAUUCCCACCAAGGAGGAGCUCAUCGCCAACAAGCCAGAGUUUCAGGACAUUGCUGGAUACAUUGGCGCUGCCAGCGUUCAGUAUCUGACUGUGGAGGGCCUGGUAUCAGCCGUUCAGGAGGGAAUCUCCUCCCUCCAGCAGAAGGACAAGUCCAGCAAGCGAGUGGGCCACUGCACUGCCUGUCUGACUGGGAAGUACCCAGUGGAGCUGGAGUGGUAAUACCAUGACUGACCAUAGUUGGAGCAGCAGCACUGUGGGUUUACUGCAAGCUCCCACAGCUGAUACAUGUGAAUGUAAUGUUCUCUGUAGACUAGAAAACAGGCUGGGCAUUUGAAUACUGCUAUCUGGGACACUAAA